GUUUAGUUGAGAAGGGUUUCCCAUGGUGUUAGUGACCAAUAAUGGUUCUCAUUUUGCUGAGGAUGCUGUCACUACCUGGUUGAAUGGUAUAGGGUGCGAACAUAUGUUUACUGCUCACAGGACCCCUUGUUCUGGUGGUCGGGCAGGAAAUUUUGCCAGCACAUUGAAAGCCGCUAUUCGUUCUAUUGCUGCUUCGACAUUUAAUGAACUGGAGAGGGGAGGAGAUGCAUUUCUACUGCAGUAUAGAAAUGCUAAACAUUCUGUCCUUUGCUCUUUUUAGUGUUUAUCAAUAAUAUUUGUGAAAGUUUUUGUGUCCGUAAGCCCCUUCUAUAUGCAGAUGAUCUUAAAGUAGUAUAUUCAUUUUCUCCACAUGACCUGAAAAAUAUGCAAAAUUGCAUCAGCAUGGAGCUUAACAAGGUGGCACAGUGGUGCUUAAAAUGGCAACUGGAGCUUAAUACGGCUAAAUGUGGAUGGAUAUGCUUCGGCAAUACAUCACUCAACCUAGACAUUAUCAUAAAUGGUGAAGUGUUAUCUAGGUUACAUACAGUAGUAGACCUAGGACUUAGAUAUUCCCAAGACUUGUCGUUUACAGAGCAUAUAUUAAAACAGACCUCUAAGACUCAACGUCUAAUAGGUUACAUAACUCGAAAUCUUUACAACAUUGAGUCACGUAUUCUAAUGUACAAAGUUUGUGCUCGACCUCUUCUAGAAUAUUGCACGUUUAUUCUUAGCAGUGCGUUCAUAAAGGAUAAAUUAAGGCUGGAAUCAGUACAGAGACGAUUUACACUUCGUAUUCUUGGAGCUGAUUGUACCUUAACUUAUAAUUCCAGAUGUAAUAAACUUGGGCUAGACCCUUUAUGGAGGAGGAGACUCAAACUAAGUCUUAUCUUUUUCUUCAAACUACUUCAUAAACUAUCGUCUACAUACGAUCACGCGAUUCAAUAUGCAGAAACCUCUCAUUAUUACAUCCGUAAUUCAUUGGCACUAGUGAAACAAACUCAUUGUAAAUCAUCUCUUUAUAUGAAUUACUUCACCUGUAAAUUUUCUAGACUCUGGAAUAACCUUCCACAAUCUAUCCGCACGAUAAAAUCACUCCCAUUAUUUGCUCGCUGCAUCGAUGCGUACUGUUCUUCUGAAAAUGCAUUGAAUGGUCUAGCGCCUUUAAGUGUAUCUCAUUCCACAAGUGAUAUUUUAGGAACCUUAAAUGUUUAGCCAUCUUUAUUAGUGAAUUCCCUUAGUAAAACCACCCACUUGCUGUCAAUAUGUCAACACCGCCCCUAGCAACUUUAACUAAUUUGAAUAACACAAACAGUAUAUCACUGUGUCACAUGGCACACGCAUUUAGGUAGACCUGAUUGAUAUAUUUUGCUCUGUUGUUCCGUGCUCUCUGUUUUCGUUUUAAUUUCUCUAGUUGUAGAUAAUUAUCAUUAUUUCGAUCUGGCACACGAAUUGACCUUAAUUACACCGUUCAUAAAUCAACAGGCUGUCCAUUUAAGAAAUAUUGAAAAUUCUAGGCUGAUGCAUUGGAUCGCUGUAAUACAUGUACUACCGAAACAAUUACUGAACCAGUAUACUUAAAACUAUCUUCUAUCACACGUUUGUUCUCUAAAUUUAAUGUUACUAUUUAUAUCAAAUUGAUCAUGCCUGUAAACUGGCGUGAAUUCUGUAAUUAUUAUUUUUCAGAAUAUAAAUUAUUAUAAAAGAGACUCCAUGAAAGCUAUUAAAAGGAAGAAUUCUUCGUUCGAAUAUGAGGCUUUUGGAGUCUGUGGAAGUUACAUAUUAUCGUGGAAAUGAUCUUCGAUCAACCACGGGGAUUGUGGUGAAGAAUGCCGAGAAAUCUAUGGCGCGAAUUCUAGAUAUCAAUGAGUUAAGUACACACAACCGACAUGUUGGUCAAAUACAAUUCGAGGAACCAAGUGAGUCUGUUCCAAUUUUGGUUGUUAGUUCUAAAACUAAUGAGCACAUUCUAGAUAAUACAGAGUCAUUAUCUAAUACACUGUCGGACAGACACAAGAUGAACUUAAGGAGGGGACGAACAAUCGAUCACAGACACUUAGACUACAAUUUAUGCUGUAACGGAUGUGGUAUUUGUAUGAAACUACGAUUGCUUUGUACUUGAUGACUGUUUGCUUUCGAAUUCCAAAUACAAUAUGUACGUUAGUGCUCAUCUUAUAUUUCUUGACUAAAUCGCGUUAUUUGUGGGAUUCUCAGUUCGUUUGUACUAUAAUUCAAAUACCCCUAAUUAUCAUACAAUCGGAAUCAGUUCUUGAUUCUCCUAGCAAUCAAAUUUUCCGCUUCCACUACUUAGCUUUAAUUAUUGUGCGAUUUGGUCGGUGAAGCGAUACAUCAUUUUCGGCAUUUAACAGGAAAACACAACUGGUAAAAAUCGACACUCACGCAUGUAAUGAGGUAGUUGCGAUGAAUUUUCUACAGUGAUGAUCAUGAUAGUGCAUGAGAACGCUCAAGUAUCUUCACACCGACCAUCUGUGUUUAGUUUCUAAUAAUGCUUUAGAUAAAACCAAACCCUAAUGAAUGCCACAUAUGAGUUCAUUUUCGAAUUUCUGAAAUAAGAAUGUAUAUAUUGCUCACUAACCAUUUUUAAGUGAAUUUGUCUCUGCUUAUGGUGUUUGGCCCUUAAUUUUCACCGGUUAGAUAGGUUUACACUUUGUAUUUUCUAGUAUUUAUGUCAUUAUUAAUGAGAUUAGUAUAGUUGGAUUGUGGCAAGCAAUGGGAUCUAGAAGGCAUGUGUCUCAUACUUGAGAUUAGUUAGUCAUUUAUGCCUCCACAAUCGUAUGGGUGUUUACGAUGAGACUGGAAAUCAGUUAUCUAUCAAUUGAAAUAUAAUCACAUUAACAACUACGCGUUUGAGUUAUGAUAAUCACUAAGUUUUCCAGUGAGUAUGGUGUUUGUCCUUUAGCGUCAUCGAUCAUCCCACUAUUUUUAUGAUGGAUGCAGUCGGUCAACUAUCGCCAUCAGAUAAAGACUUGCUUAUGUAAUGACAACGGUGAUCAAUCUGACUUCUACGUUUCAGUCAAACAAGCCGUAAUGUUGCCUGACACUUAAAACACCACUUGAGUUUCCCUAUAAGUCAAUUAGUUGUACCGUAAUUCUCGUUAACGUCAUUUGCCUCUCCAACCUUACAAGCUCUGAAGUCAGUUGUUCGUCCACUGCUAUUUACCUAAAUCUUAAGUCUUUCCAAAACACCAUUGUCUUCUGUGUUUUAGAUUGUAAUAGUCUUGGUAGUUUAAGUAGUUAUAUCAGAUUCGACAGAAUAACUAUCGACUUGUUUUUCAAAGUUAUUGCAUACUGACUCAUCCGGUUUGUUGCCAUCACCAUAGACAGUUGUGACCUUUCUUGUGGUUAGUUCAUUGUUUUAUUACCGUGGUGUCAUUCAGUGAUGUAUAGCUUGUUUUACUUCUGUAUUGAAAGCAUUAUAAGACGGUGUGUGAUCAGUACAUUUUCAGUUGAAAACGGAAUUUCACCUUAUCUAAUUAAUCGUCACUACUUGUGAUAUUUUGAUGUCUGCAAAAGUAAUAAUCGUUGGCUCUGUAAAUAGAUUUGCUACUUACACUAACUCCACAUUUCUUGUUCGUAUUUAGAAAGAAAACUGAUGCUCAGUCAGCUACUCCCAAGAGACCUAAGAAGCCAGAAGGUCUCCGCUUGAAGGAAAAGAUUAGACGACGGAAAUUGAUUACAGUGGCUCGCAAAAAGGUGGUACGUCGACAAACUUUUAUGCGGUUAAAACGUCUCAUAAAGCAGCGAGCGGAGAAAUACAUGCAUGAGUACCGCAGAAUGGCAAAGCGGGAAAUCACGUUGCAGCGUAAUGCUAAAAAAACGGGAGACUUUUAUGUCCCAGCUGAACCAAAACUCGCAUUUGUCGUGCGAAUCCGGGGUACUAACGGUGUCCACCCACGCCCAAGAAAGACCAUGCAGCUGUUUCGCCUUCGGCAAAUCAACAACGGGAUGUUUGUGCGAUUAAAUAAGGCAACUCUUAACAUGCUUCGAAUAAUUGAUCCAUACGUCGCUUGGGGUUACCCUAGUCUUAAAAUUAUUCGUCAACUCAUUUAUAAACGCGGAUUUUGUAAGUACCAUGGUACACGGCUCCCUUUAACAAAUGAGCUAAUUGAACACAAACUUGGACAUCUUGGUUUAAUAUGCGUUGAGGACCUUGUACAUGAAAUAUAUACAGUUGGACCAAACUUCAAACAUGCUGUUGCUCUUCUAUGGACAUUCAAGUUGAACAAUCCUAGUGGUGGUUUUCGCAAGAAAGGAAAGCACUUUGUCGAAGGUGGUGAUUUUGGCAACCGAGAAACCUACAUAAAUCGAUUACUUAAAGCUAUGAUUUAAAUAAAUAAGUUGCGCUUGGUAAUUUUCAAGAUCUUUUUCUCUUUCAACUCUUUAUCAAUACCGCUUAGGCUCCUUUUACACUACUUGAAAACCAUUAAUAUUAACCUGUCAAAUAUUGCUAGCAACAUUUUCUAGAGCCUCAGUUAUAACGGAAAGUCCAGCACAAAUAUGGGUCAGCCCGAGUUACUAUAUCGCAUCGCAACGUCAAGAUGAAAUCAGCAAGGUAUAAGAAGAACCGAGAUAAUAGUAUUGAAGAUGAUACAACGUAACACCUACGAUCAAAGCGUGCAACUUUAAAUUACUAUUAUGAAAUGCCACAAUAAUACAGUAAUACGGAGGUCUAUUUUGCAGUUCAUUCUCUGUUCAGUUAAUAGAUAUCUUAAUCCAUAGGUAGAUUUUUAAAAUUAGUGCAUAGAAUCUCUUAGAUACCGUCCCAACAUGGUUUCUGGGGUCGUCGAUGCAAUCGACUACGUCACUACUUGUCAUUAGUCUGACGGUUGGCGCGUAUCAACCUUAAGGUACAAGUUUACGUUCAGAAGGCAGAAAAUACCUUCAACAUUUUAUUUACUUCGAAGAAGUGGCUUAUAUUAGGUCUCGAAACGUCAGAGAUACAAUUUUUCUACUUGGGAUAUAAAAAUAUAUUUAUUACUAUCCUUAGCAUUGUUACUCGGGUUGUCCAUAAUGAUUGGGUUUUCUUCCAUUGGGCCUAAUUUAAGCGUCAAAUGUGUCUCACUCAAGUUAUGUGGGAAUCGAAGGUACUCGGAUUUCUGUCGAGCUGUUCCUUGAAGUGUUCUGCCCAUCGCUCCAAACCCCUGUCAUCGUCUUUUUCCAAGUACUUGUUUCUCCGAAAAGUAUAAACAGAUAUGUCGAUUGUAGUCGCUAGUUUUUCUAUCUGCUUCAUUUCCAUUACUCCUUAAGGUGGCUCCACAUACUUUUUGUCAGUUUCUUGGUGACCUUUUCGUAUUCAAAGCUUCACAGGAUGAGUUUCUACCCAUCUACCGUUGCUGGUGACAUGUAUCGGUCUUUCUUGCCCUUCUGGGUCAAGUCACUGGUUGGUGUUAUGUCUCUCUUGAUAUCAUCCCAUGUUGUGUUGCUAUGACUUGUUUCAAUGGUCGACUAAAUGCUUGUUUCUGAAGUAUACUCUUGGAUUCUUCAUCGAGGAACCAUAAGGGGUCAUAAUGCUGUGGUUAUUUUAAUUACAAUAUAACAGGCAAACAUGUGUCUGUACUCAUGAAAAGAGACCAAACAUAUGUACCAGAAAAAACGACAACCUGUCCAAUCUCUUCGAUGGUGUUUAGUGGUGAUAUCGUCUAUUUGUGUCCAUCAUUGACUGAGCAGGUCGUGUCAGACGUUGCUUCGCCUUGUGCUUAUAAUUGAUACUUGCUGGAAAAGACGGUUGUCUAAUCAUGGCCGGAGCGGACAGUCGUCACAGAAUCAAUUCAGUGUCUCUCGUUUUGAUAUAACCUACCUACUCAGACAUUAACAUCACCUGCUACAAUCACUUUCCGACGGAGGUCAGAAACUUCCCCGUAAACUCAUCUUUCUGGAUAUGAAGGAUAAGUCUCACUGGUUCUCUAUAUUGACUAGAUGAGGUCGAAUGAAUGGCCCCACUUAAACCCCGUUUUGGAGAUGCAGCAUUUGUCAAUGGUACAAGGUUCACGAGUUCCAGUUAAUAAAGCCUGUUAUCCGAUUUCACAUAAGGUUAGGACGUUGGGGGAUUUGGUAUAUAGUUUGAAUUGCAGUCUUAGCGGAGCAAGAAUGAUAGUUCGUAAACCCAAAUGAAGCGUGAGAAAAAAGUGUUUAGGAUCGGAGCCAGCAGUAAAAAUAAAACUUUAUUGGGGAGCGAAGGAAUUUAAUUAUGGAUAAGUUUAUAUGGGUCGUCAUUUAUCGAAUGUUGCUUAUCCUCUUGGCUUUUGUAUGUAUUUCAAACUUAAUUUUAAAUGGUUAGCAACUAUCCACCCUACAUUUUUAAGUUGGCUGAUAUAUUUGUUGAUGACUAGCGAAGAAUUUCUAGUUUCGCAUUUGUAAAGAAUGUCUACUUACAUUGUAGAAUCAAAGGUUUAUCAACUGUUUUAGCAAGCACUCGCAACUUGGAAGAUAAGGUAGUACAAAAAAUACUGAAGGGAAUUGAGUUCUCUGAAACACUGGAUCAAUGAGACUGAACGCGCAACCCUUACAAUGCGGAUUAACAGUAUGAACUUCUGACGAUGAUGGUGGGAAGAUGUCUUGGUAUCCAAUGGCAAUACGGUUUCAACUUCCUAGUAUGGUCCUAUACAUUAUCUAGUAACCGUUGACUGUGUAUAUGUAUACGCCUUGUUACCUAUUUUAGUUGAUAAAGUUUAUCUACUUACAAACUUAACCAGUCAGUCACCUAUUUUAGUUAGAAGCGUUAGUAGGUCACAAUUCUAUGAAGUUUAGGUAUUCUUCCAACGACCAGAUAAUAGUCUGCUAAAUAACUGUUAUAUCCGGUGAAGAUUAAAUAACAGGUAACUUCCGAGGACUAUUCAUGGACUAAUAUUCUAUAAACAUUCUUAUUGUAUAACUACUCAACAAUUACACUAUGUAUAUUUAUAUUCCUUUUAUGAUAAGCUUUAUUUUGACCUAUAAUUUAUUAUUGUACGAUUUACGGUUCUUAAGUUAUGUUCAGUUUAUUAACUACUGCCUCCCACAUUCACAGCCACUUUUUGGGCUUAUUUGUGUACAAAUAUUAUUUCCUAUUUUAUGGUACGUUGCGGUCUGUGUGAUUGAUAUAUAAACCAAGUAUGCCUGAAAUAAACGAUCUGCUCUGAUUCGGAAGCUGGUAUCUUGUUCUGGACUCAAGUGGAAGGGCUCGUAGGACAUAGGACCAAUAAGGACGCUAAACUGCCCACACCGGUUGAACGUCAUUGGUUGGCCUAGUGCGAAGAUUCGUAUAAGUCGUAUUCGGAUUGGUAGAUAGAUCGUGUGAUCGAAAAGUCAGACAUCCAAGGUCAUAACAAUAACGCUAGUCUAGUGGACAAAAAAUCGAAGAGAAAGUAAUUCUUUAACAAAAUCAAACAGCAAGGAUAUGUGCAACUUGGUGAUAAUCGAUAUUUUCAUCGACUGAACAUAAAGGAAACUCCAUGUAUCUUCUAAACAAACCUGUAACUUUUAAUGUUUCUGGGUCUUUUAUUCGUAGUCUGAAAUUUAGGCAUUAUCACUUCAAAACCUCCCAAAUCAUGUUUGAAAUCUGAUAUUAAGUUUGAUAUGGCUGGCUAAUUGUUUUUGGGUCUGCGACUAGUUCCGAGUUCAUUUACUUGUUUCUAUGUGACAGUUAAAUCCUUAUCGACAAGUCACUGACAUGACCUAGUUGUUGAUUGAUCUUAUCUGCCAUCACCACUCACAAUAAUUCAAAUAUGUGAUUUUUUCGACUAUGAUUGAGAAAUGUGAGUGCACACAGAGGUUCAUAUCAGUCUUGUAGAAAUACUCUUCAUUUCAAAAGUGUAAUGUAGACAUUUUCGAACAUUAAUUGCUAACUGAUUGAAUGUGGUUUGGUUAGCUCGUUUAUUAUCACACGAUUGAGAAAAGUCGGUCGCUUACCCAAGAUAGAAGUAUUUUUGCCGACAACAGAUGCACAUCCACGAACUUUCAGAGCAAUUUGCAAAAUGUCAUCGAUAGUAAAACUGAAAAGUAAUGCUGAAAUCGGGUGACUGAUUAGCUCAUUCUUGAUUGGAACAUUGGAAAGAUGGCUGUAUACCACAAUUCUGUCUGAUGUGUUUGUGUGUAAAGCCUACACAAUGAACUUAACAAACACUAUUAGACUUGUGAUCUACGAGCUGGGUGGAUUGGUUGUGAACCUUUCAUUGUUCUGAACAACAUAAUCGACACGUACUUCAAAUAGAGUUAUUGGGAUCUCUCUACCAUUGACUAACGGCUUGUUCUGUUGACCUGGGGUUUGAUUGGUUGUUCUGCUUAGCUGUACGGUCGUCUAUUGUGUUUUUUCGGAUGCUUUCUCUCCUGACCCGAAUUGUAACUUUGCAGUUGUUAAUCCGUUCUCUUAUUUCUGAUAAAUUGGCUAAUUUCGAUGUCUAGUGCUUUAUGCUUGGUUAGGGUCCCAGGCGACUGCUGACCUUCAAUAGAUGUGAGGGUGUUCCGCCAUUCAGUGAACGCUGAGGAUGUGAUAUAUGAGAACUUGAGUCCCGAAUAGCGACCAAUUUUUCCCUUGAGAGUUGGUCCUUCAGAAGUCUAGAAUAAUAGACGUAGUACGAUGACAACUGAUAUUUCGAAACCAAUAAGAAGCAGGCUACUAUACAGAAAACUGUUUUGUAAAUUACAUAAUCUGAGAUGAGGGCGACGACCGCUUCACUCUACAACCAUGAAACACUCCUUUUCUUAUACUUUUAUAAGCAACCCGGAUAAGCCUAUGAAAUAGGAGCAAAAUAUAUAAUGCAGUGAUUUUGCCAAAUUUGUUAGUUAGCGGAUUUUAGACUUGAUUUCAUAAAUUAUAUAUACAAAAAACUUUUACGUAGUAGGAUCAAACAUAAGAAAGUUUAAUAUAACAAGAGGAUUCUUGUUUUUAACUAGAACUUCGUUAGGAUUUACUUUAAUGGAACAGUAUUAUCUACAUGGAUCUAUGAAAAAUAUGAGAACAGGUGACAGCAGUUUAUAAAACAAGGUAAUGAAAUGUUUUAGGGGCUCGGGAUCUGACUCCAUUUAUAAUCAUAUGAGUGAUUGUUGCCAAAAUAUACAUCCUGGCUAUCCUUGUAUAUUUGAUCGACCUAAAUAGCGUUGGUGAAUAACGGUAAUAAAUAAGCCAAAUACGCGAAUGAAUUUUGUACACUCACUGAUCUGGACAGGAAAUAAGAGUGAUGGAGCGAAUAGAAGAGAGAGAAGCGAAAUGACACGCAGUGGAGAAGGCUGGUAAGCCCAACUCCAUUUAAUCAAGGGUUAAGCAAUAUUUAUAGUCACAUAAAAAUAAAUUACAGAUAUGUGAUGAAUAGGAUAAGAAGUGUACACACACACAUGCGUUCAUAUAAAAACAAUCAGGGUUAAUAACUGAAUAAUUAACAAGGUGACUCAAGAAGAAUAGAUAAAUUGACCUGUUCAGAAGCUAGAAUAAGUUAUACGGGCUAAACAUAGGAACUGAAUCUACACUGUGUUGUAUAAAUAAUUAUAAUCCAUAGAAUUAUAUAACCAAUAAAAAGUAAGAUAACAAAAUCUGUUAAAAUACGUGGUAGGUUUCAAUUUUGCAAAAACACUUUUCAAAUAAUAUUUAAACUACUUUAUUUCUAUUUAAGUAACACAUUUUCUGACGUUGAAUUUUAUUGCUUCUUCCUCACUAAAUAGUUUCAAGUUACUUAAUAGUUCUAAUCAAAAGUCCAUCGAGAAUUGUGAGAAUAAUUUAGUUAAAAUAUUCUUAUAAUGAAUCAUACCACUUAAAUUCACUGUUAUUUGUAUUCAUGGAAAUGUAGGUGAAUUCAUAAUUGAAUGAUUUAUUCACAAUACUAUAAUGCUGUAAAUCUUUUAUUUAAUAUUAUCAAUAUAAUGAUCUUGAUGCUUUCAUUAUUGUGGACAAUAUUCAAGGAAUAUAUUCAAUAUAGAUAAUGAUGCAUUAUCUAAACGAAUUCAUAAUCACAUAUUGUUUUAAAAAGUAAAAUGAUCCACAUAAUUCCAAAUCAUUAAUCGGAUUAGAAAUUUUGUGCCUGAAUAUAAACCUCAUUCGAUUGAUAGAAUAAACUAGACAAGUAGUGAAUACGUGUUUAUUGUGAUCUGAGGACAGUAAUAGUGGAGUGGGAGGUUACCUGUUCAAACACACAAAGCUUUUCAACAUUCAAUAAAAGAGAAUGGAAUAUUUAAUGCUUAUAAGAAAUAAGGAAGUGAAUGAAUAUUUGAGCU